CCCUCUUUUGAUACUGUUGGCAUUCCAGGCUGCAAGUGCACACUGCUGGCUUAUGUUAAGUUCUUCAUCUGCCAGGAUCCCUAAGUCCUUCUCAGAAGGGCUGUUCUCAGUGAGUUCGUAUCCUAGUACAGACACGUAGUUGGGACUGCUCCAACCCAAGUGCAACACCUAGCACUUGGCCUUGUUGAACCUCAUUAUUUUCACAUGAACCCAAUUCUAAAGCCUGUCCAGGUCUCUUCAGAAACCAAGAGUCACAGCUUCACAAGGCUGGAAAGUUGGAUCUGCUUACAUUCAGAAACUAAACCAUGCAUUCUGGCUCUGUAAUCAUUUCACUAGAUUUAUUUAUUUUGAACAACAGACCAGUUGUCUUCAUAACACCAGAAGAUCAUUGAAAUGAGUGAACUGUUUUGGUGUCCUCUCAGUAGACAAUUGGGGUGUAGCAGUUAAAAUGAGAUUAUGAUCCACAUUGUUCCUUUGAAAUGCCUAAAAUUAAAACGUAACAAGAUCAACAAGGAACUAAAACGUAACAAGAUCAACAAGGAACUAAAACGUAACAAGAUCAACAAGGAGGACGAAACUGUACGAGAUCUUCUUGGGAUUCAGCAGAGAGAAGAUCUGAGUAGGCGGGAACAGAGUUGAUAAAGGAGAGAAGGAAAGGGAAGUGCAAACUGUACUAUAUUUCUGAAUUUAUUCACUGCUUAACACGCAGACACAGAACCUCACUGAGGACAAGACCCAAGUCUUCUCUGUCACAGGAUCACAGGUUGUAGCAAUGGAACAGGUCUCGGCAUCAGUUGGCAACUUCACAAUUGAUCUUUUCAACAAGCUGAAUGAGACCAAUAGGGACAAAAACAUUUUCUUUUCCCCGUGGAGUAUAUCAUCUGCUCUGGCCCUGACAUACCUGGGUGCAAAAGGCAACACAGCAAGAGAGAUGGCAGAGGUUCUUCAUUUCACUGAAGCUGCAGGAGCUGGAAGCUCCUCUGUGGCCAGACCUUCUCGGGGGAGACCAAAAAGAAGAAAAAUGGAUCCUGAGCAUGAGCAAGCUGAAAACAUCCACUCUGGAUUCAAAGAGCUCCUGACAGCCCUCAACAAACCCAGAAACACCUACUCGCUGAAAAGUGGCAAUCGUAUCUAUGUGGAAAAAACCUACCCAUUGCUGCCUACAUAUAUACAGCUCAGUAAGAAAUACUAUAAGGCAGAGCCACAAAAGGUUAACUUCAAGACAGCACCGGAACAAUCCAGAAAGGAAAUCAACACCUGGGUGGAAAAACAAACUGAGAGUAAAAUCAAGAAUUUACUGAGUUCGAAUGAUGUGAAUAGCAUCACCAGGUUGAUCUUGGUCAAUGUCAUUUACUUCAAGGCAGACUGGGAAGAGAAAUUUCAGGCAGGAAACACGAAUAUGCAACCCUUCCGACUGAGCAAGAACAAGUCCAAGCUCGUGAAGAUGAUGUAUAUGAGACAUACAUUUCCAGUUCUUAUCAUGGAAAAAAUGAACUUCAAAAUGAUUGAGCUGCCGUACGUGAAACACGAACUCAGUAUGUUCAUCCUACUUCCUGAUGACAUCAAAGAUGGCACUACGGGUCUUGAGCAGCUGGAAAGAGAACUCACCUAUGAGAAGCUGUCAGAAUGGGCCGAUUCAAAGAAGAUGACAGAAACUCUUGUGGAUCUGCACCUGCCUAAGUUCUCACUGCAGGACAAACAUGACCUCUGUGAUACUCUGAGCAACAUGGGAAUGGCAACUGCCUUCACCAGCAAUGCUGAUUUCACCGGAAUGGCUAGUAAGAGGGAUUUGUGUAUUUCCAAAGUCAUUCACCAGUCUUUUGUUGCAGUUGAUGAGAAAGGCACUGAGGCGGCUGCUGCUACUGCUGUAAUUGUAGGACUCACAAGUGGGCUUAUCAGCCAUGUUCUGAAAUUUAAGGCUGAUCACCCUUUCCACUUCUUCAUCAGACACAACAAAUCCAAAACCAUCCUGUUUUAUGGCAGAUUCUGCUGCCCAGUAGAAUGAAUUAUUCCUCGCUCCCAGAGGGACCCAAAGUUCACUUUUCAAAGGAAAAACGUGAACUGUAAUGUUAAAUGCUCAGCCUUCAACCAUGUAGCCAUAAGUACUGGAAGUCUGUGUCUUUUUUUUUCUUAACUAAGGCAGCGCCCAGACACCACCCUGUGCCUCAAAGACCAUUUCUCUACUGCUCCUUUCCAUUAUGCUGAUGAAAUUGCCUUUCAUAGAAAGCAAAUGCUUGAUAUAUAAAUGCUAACUUCUGUUCACUUCGCAUUUUGUCCUUAUUUCCUUAAACUCUCAAGACUGAGGUUGAUAAGCAUCCCAACCAGCAAAAAAGACCAAGAAAACUACAGGCAACAUGCCUUAUUGCUAACUAUUAUUGAAACACGACCUAAAUAUUCAAAUCUGCUUCACAUUUUCAAUUUCAUGUAAUUAUAUCUGUUUCCUCGCUAACAUCUGCACAGUUUCCUUGCUACCUGUAUGGUUGAUAAGCGUACGAUUUGCAACUUACGAGUGCCUUUCAGCUAAAAUAGUCCCGAUAUUGACAGAAACACCAGUAAGAUUUUUAUGGAUGCUUCACUUUGUAAUUUUGCCACGAUCUACAUUUAAACAAUAAACGAAUUUGGAAUUGUGCUUGUGCUAUGCAA